CCUCCACGCCUCGCAUCUCGCAGUAUUCUCUUCCCUCUUCGGCCCCUGUCCUGCGGGUUUUUCUUCUUCUUCCUGCAGACAUACACUCCUCACCCCGCCAUCCACCCACAGUGCCACUGGAUUUCUCUUGGAACUUGGAAUCUUGCACCACUGUGCCACCCCGUCACCCCGUUUUUGUCAGCAAUAUCCCCAGCACAAGGUACCAAGCAGCGCAGCAGCAACAGCGACCAGAACCCAGCUAACCAACCAAACCUCCCAGCCCAGCGGCGCCAGAUUGUCUCACCACACACGUACCGUCCGUCCACCCCCAAAAAAGAAGCCAAAGGCCUACGCAUCCGAUUCGCCAUCUGCGCAUUCGGCAAUAAAUCCCCCCCUCCUUCGUACCUUCUUCCUGCCAAAAUGUCGUGGAAGUUGACGAAGAAGCUCAAGGAGACCCAUUUGGGUCCCUUGGCCAACACCUUCUCUCGAUCCCCCUCUACGUCUACCAUUACCGACAGCAGCGAAAAGGCCCAGGCCAACAUUGCAGGCUCGGCCACUCCCACGAACGAAAACACUAUCGCUGCCUCUGAGGCCAUGGCGCAAGUACCAGUCGUCAACCCUCCCAAGCCCGGUAUUCUCGUCGUCACCCUCCACGAGGGUCACGGAUUCUCCCUCCCCGAACAACACAGAGCAGCAUUCGCCUCCUCACACCAAGGUUCGCUGUCCACAGGCGGUGCCCUCAGCGUCGCCGGCUCCGUGCGUCCCUCUUCUUCACAACGAGGAGCUGUCGGCUCCUUCAUCAAUGGCGCGGCUCGGCCACAGACAUCUGGCGGUGGCUUUACUGGAAUUCCUACCAACCAUGGUCGCAUUUCCGGCAAGUACAUGCCCUACGCCUUGCUGGAUUUCGACAAGAUGCAGGUCUUCGUCAACUCGGUCGAGGGAACACCAGAGAACCCCCUCUGGGCCGGAGGAAACACUCAGUAUAAGUUCGAUGUGUCUCGCGUGACGGAACUCGUCAUUCACUUGUACAUGCGCAACCCCCUCGCUACUCCCGGAUCCGGUCGUAGCCAGGACAUCUUCCUCGGUGUGGACGCUCUCGAUACAGCCAACUUCGAUCCCGAGUUCACGUCAGAAGCACCCCAGGAUUCGUACGUGGAGGGCCCGAUGCUCUCGCAGACGAUGCAGAACCAGUUCCAGGGCUUCAGCUAUAACCGACCUAUUGCGGGCCUGGGUGAUGCCGGAGGCAGUGUCAAGGACCCUUCCUUUGUGGGCAGCAUCCAGGACAACCGAUAG